UGGCGUCAGAUACGCAUUGUUAUUGUCAUCUCUAUUGCGUUUAUAGUGAAAUUUCCUUAAUUUUUUUCUAUUUUUUGCAACAUGAAAGUUUAUAAACAAAAGCUACGAGACGUUUGGCUUCAGAUGCCAGAAUUUAAACCUUGGUUGCGUCGUGACCCAGAUGACUCAUAUAGAGCGCAUUGUAAGUUUUGCAAGUGCGGCGUAAACACAAAAAUCUGCGAUUUGCGAGCCCAUGCGCUGACGAAAAAACACAUAAAACGAAGCUUAGAGCUAGGAAUAGAAAUUAAGCAUAACUUGAACGAUCCGGACGAGACAUCCGAAGGUCUCUCCUAUAACUCCAGCCCCCAAUAUAAGAUUAAAACUAAGACUGCGACAAUCAAACGUGAGAAGCCAAGAACCUCUGAUACUGUCAGCAAAUCCCAGACAUCCUUGGAUUACGAGCAAAUUAUUGAAAAUCUGGCGCUCUACGAGCCCGAGCAGGUAAUGUUCUCCAAUUGCUCCUUAACUGGGACGGAGCAAAUUAUCGAAGAAGAGGGCGAGGUACCAUCGGGUGCCAUUGUUGAUGAGGAGAUGAUCAACAAGGCGGUAGCAACUGCCCUUAGGAACCAAAAGGAUUCACCCCAGAUUUUCGGCGAUUUUGUGGCGGACCGACUGCGACAUAUGAACAACGAUGCCUCCGAGUUCGCCAAAGAUAAAAUUAUGAAAAUCUUGCUUGAGGCAGCUUCUAUCGAUAGGGCUCCUACUUACAAUUAAACGGAACUUAGAUUAAGAUAAAUAGCAAACCAAACUUAUGAUUUUUGGAUGCCCGGCAAUUAUGUAUAUUCAGACAAUUGUAAUAAUAAUUUGUGCUAUUAAUGAA